AUGGCUGGUGCAACCACUGCUUCCUCCCCGGUCUACUACCACAAACUCUUCAACUUCUCCUUUACCCAUUCACCCAUUUCACACACCUUUAACUUCCCACACACAACACCAACCAUAUCCUCAAAACCCCUCAGACUAAAUCCCCAAUCAUUCAACCCUUCUUCUUUCAAACUCUACCCUCUUUGCGCACCUUCAUUUUCCUUCCAACAAUUCGAAUACACUGAAGAAGAAGAAGAAGAAGAAGCAUAUGAUCCUAAAACUGAAAUUAAAACCUUACGGAAGCCAAAAUUGUCGCAAUUAAACAGACUCUUUGUUGGUAGCCUGCCAUUUUCGUUGUCUUCCUCCCAAUUGGCUCAACUCUUUGGAGAAGCCGGAAAUGUUGUGUCUGUUGAGAUUGUGCAUGAUGACCUUGCGGAUAGAAGCAGAGGAUUUGCAUUCGUUACAAUGGGGAGCGCGGAGGAGGCUGAAGAAGCAAUUCGAAUGUUUGAGGGCACUAAUGUUGGAGGUAGGGUUAUUAAGGUCAACUUCCCAGAAGUGCCUAAAGUAGGCAAAAGUGUACGAAUGGGAUCAAAUUAUAAAGGUUACGUAGACAGCCCUCACAAAAUCUAUGCCGGAAACCUCGGUUGGGAUAUGACUUCUCAGGUUCUCAAAAAAGCCUUUGCUGAGCAGCAAGGCUUACUAAGUGCCAAGGUUAUCUAUGAAAGGAACACCGGAAAAUCUCGCGGAUUUGGGUUUGUUACGUUCAAAACCGCUGAGGAUGUAGAGGCUGCUUUGGAUGCUAUGAACGGCGUGGAGGUUCAAGGCCGACCUUUACGACUGAGAUUGGCUGUCAAUAACAAGAAGCCUUCAUCUCCUCCGGUAACCGAUCAAAAUAAAGAAAGUAAAAUUGAUAGCUUGGAAAUGUUGUUUGGAAAAAGCGAAUGA